AAUUGACUACGUCUACCUGGCGAUUGCCGAGAAAUUCACCGCAGUUGCUGUUUGCUUUGACUCUUGCUGUGCCCAAGACAGCGAUCAGUGAAACGAUAGAAGAAAGAGGGAGCAGCCCAACCACCGCCGUCGUCGAUCCCCUCUGCACAGAAGAGAGAGAGAGAGAGGGAGAGGGAGUCGCUCAGUUCUGCUAUGUCGUUGGGAAACCGUCCUCCAGAUGCUUGAUCGUCCGGGAACCGGUGUUUUCAGGUGAAGGAAAUGGCGUUUUGCCUCAAAUUUUGUGGAGGGAAGUCUUCUUCGAGAGAAGGUGGGGAUAAGAAGAAAAAGAAGAAUACGGCGUGGAGGGUCUUCUCUUUGGAGGAGUUGCACGCUGCGACAAACAACUUCAAUUACGACAACAAGCUUGGUGAGGGCGGGUUCGGGAGCGUCUAUUGGGGACAGCUGUGGGAUGGAUCGCAGAUUGCAGUUAAAAGACUGAAGAUUUGGAGUGCCAAGGCAGAAUUGGAAUUCGCUGUUGAGGUUGAGGUUCUUGGUAGGGUGAAGCAUACAAAUUUGCUGAGUUUACGGGGCUACUGUGCUGAAGGACAGGAGCGUUUAAUCGUCUAUGAUUUCAUGCCAAAUUUGAGUUUGAUGUCCCACCUUCAUGGGCAAAACUCAGCGGAAUGCCUCCUCGAUUGGGAUAAGCGGAUGAAGAUUGCAAUUGGAUCAGCUGAAGGAAUUGCAUAUCUUCACCAUUUUACGCCUCAUAUCAUUCACAGAGAUAUCAAAGCGAGCAACGUACUUUUGGAUUCAGAUUUCCAUUCUCGGGUAGCUGAUUUUGGGUUUGCAAAACUUAUUCCAGAUGGUGCAUCUCAUGUUACAACCCGGGUGAAAGGCACGCUUGGCUACCUUGCUCCAGAGUAUGCCAUGUUUGGCAAGGCAUCUGAGAGCUGUGAUGUAUAUAGCUUUGGCAUUCUCCUGGUUGAAAUUGUUAGCGGUAAGAAGCCCAUAGAGAAGAUCACCAUCACAGUGAAACGCUCAAUUGUACAGUGGGCAUUACCUUUGGUUUGCGAAAGGAGGUAUAAGGAAGUGGCUGACCCAAAGUUGGGCGGAAAAUACAAUGUUGAAGAACUCAAAAGGGUUGUGCUUGUUGGAUUACUAUGUGCACAGGAAAAACCAGAGAAGAGACCUACGAUGCCUGAGGUUGUAGAGUUGCUGAAAGGUGACCAUAAAGAAAAGGUUUCAAAACUGGAAAAAAACGACCUGUUUAAUCCAGACAAAUCAGGAAUACCAGAUAUGGAUAUGAGCACAGAUUCUAUAUCAGAUGAAACCAGAUCUACAGAUCUGGUGAAAGGAGGCACUAUGCUUAGAGAGCAAUCUUGAUAUGAGCGGUAAAUCUAUCCGUUUUACUUAAAGUAUCUGUUGUGACCAGGCUUGGUUGCUUCUUGUUUCCCUUGCUGUUGAGGGCCCAUUGAAAUAUUUAAGAGGCUUUGUUCGAGGAGCCGGGUAUGCCAUUUACCAGAUGCUUGUUCUUUUGAGGAAGGUUGUGAGCAAAGAAGAAAUGAAUCAACUUAAAUUGGUGUGAAUACAUUUAUUGUCUAUUUUGUGGUGUAGUAAAUUGUGUGGAUUGCUAUCGGGGAAGUUGACUAUCGUAUCUUUGUAAGGUCGGAACAUGAUUUGCAAUAAUAAAAUGUCUCUGAGGCAAAGAGGAAUUAUAUACAGCA